AUGACCGUCUGCACGCCCGUCUCCACGCCGAUCGACGCACGCGCCAAGCUGGAUGCCGACUCCGGCGCACCGGUCUCCGACGCGUCUGAGUACAGGAGCCUCGUCGGGGCUCUCCAGUACCUCACGAUGACACGCCCAAAUCUCCAGUAUGCCGUGCAACAGGCGUGUCUCUACAUGCACGCUCCCCGGGAACCUCACUUGACGCUGGUGAAGCGCAUCCUGCGCUAUGUUCACGGCACCACGACUCUUGGUCUGCAUCUCCGCCGGUCAUUGCAGCUGGACCUUGUCGUCUACUCCGACGCCAACUGGGCCGGGUGCACCGACACUCGCCGCUCCACUUCCGGGUAUGCGGUGUUCCUUGGUGAUGCACUGGUGUCAUGGUCGUCGAAGCGCCAGCCCACCGUCUCCCGCUCCAGCGCCGAGGCAGAGUACCGCGGCGAGCUGCUGGCUUCGCCAGCUCCUCGGCGAGCUCCAUGUUCCCCUCAACCGUGCGACCGUCGUGUACUGUGA